UUCAUGAAUCACCCCCUGCAUAUGUCUUCAGUGAGUGUCUCACCUCCAGUUCACACUCUGCUUAAAUAAUUCCAACUCCCCUCUUCAAUUCGCCUUAUUCAGCUGCUGUGCUCUCCACCUGAAGUGUGUGUGUAUGUAGGAUUACCUGGGAGUCUGUGUCGACACCAUGGCUUUGGUCCAGGUGCUCAGAGUCCUGUGCUGCCUGCUGCUCACUUAUCACCUGGGUGAUGCCAGAAGAAUCAAGGGAAGUGGAACAGUUAUCAAAAUUCUGUGUUUACUGAUAAAUGCUCUGAUGGAGAGCUGGGUGCCCAUUCUUGCUUCUGCUCUGAAGACCAGUCUUGGAGAUGUCAAUGUGAUCGUUACUGAUUGGCUUUUACAGGCCAAUAUGAACUACCCUAAGGCCCAGAACACUAGGGCAGUGGGGAAGGACGUAGCAUUCCUGCUACAGUGGCUGCAGGAGUUUUACCAGUUUCCUGCAGAGAAAGUUCAUCUGAUUGGGUACAGUCUUGGUGCUCACGUCUCUGGAUUUGCUGGAAGCUGCCUGGGAGGGCGUGGGAAGAUUGGACAAAUCACUGGUCUGGAUCCAGCAGGUCCCAUGUUUGAGGGCAUGGCAGCAUCAGACAGACUGUCCCCUGAUGAUGCCCUAUUUGUGGAUGCCAUCCACACCUACACUCAAGAACGCAUGGGGCUGAGUGUGGGCAUCAAGCAGGCUGUGGCACAUGUUGACUUCUACCCCAACGGUGGUGACUUCCAACCAGGAUGCCACCCUUUCCAGAGCUUAAUGGAACAUAUUGCCUUGCAUUGAAUCAAUGGUUUUGAGCAGACAGUGAAAUGUGCCCAUGAGCGUUCAGUCUACCUGUUCAUCGACUCCCUUCUGAACAAAGACAAGCAGAUCCUGCCCUACAGAUGCAGUGAUGACAAUGCCUUUGAGAAGGGUACCUGCCUGGACUGCCGCAAGAACAAAUGCAACACGCUGGGCUAUAACGUCAGGAGGGUGCGCAGUGUCACCGGCAAGAAGCUCAACCACAAGACCCGCUCUCACAUGCCCUACAAACUCUACCACUACCAGUUCAGGAUUCAAUUUGUCAACCAGAUAGAGAAGACUGAGCCCACUCUCACCAUCUCUCUCACUGGGACAAAGGAGGACAGCCCUGAAAUGCCCAUCACUUUCAUCGAGGAGAUCUCAGGCAAUAAGACAUACACCUUUCUGAUCACCCUGGACUCAGAUGUUGGGGACCUGAUGAUGCUGAAGUUCCGCUGGGAGGGGAGUGUUGUAAACAAUAUGUGGAGCAAUAUGCAGACCUUUAACCCCUGGAGCAGUGGGGGAAUGAGGCCCAAGCUCACCGUGGGAAAAAUCUGUGUCAAAGCAGGCGAGACACAAAAUAGGACGACUUUUUGUGCCCAGACAAGUGAUGGAAUAUACAUUCGGCCAUCGCAAGAGAAUGUCUUCCUGCGCUGUGAAGAAAAUGCUCAAAAACAGCGCAGAAGAAAAACGCAUGUGUCUUGAGUCGGAUACUUCGAUCAGCAAGGGUCGGCUCUAGCUUUUUGGGGGCUCUAAACUAGAUUUGGUUGGGGUCUCCCCUCCUCACCGCAAAACAUUUUAGUGCCAGCUGACAGCUGAGAGGAAAUGUUAUUUUUACAGUUAAUUUUCUGCAGUUCUACACAUUGUGCCAUGGGCCAGAAAGAAAAUGUUGACAUUUUAUAACAAAUGUAAUGCAAUUCUACACAUUUUGCCAUGGGGCAGAUAUAUAUAUAUAUUUUUUUGUUUGUUGUUGUUGCAGUUUCACAACUAAUUUCAUGCAAUUCUACCCAUUUGUUAUAGGGCAGAGAUACAUUUUUGCUAUUAAAAAAAAUAAAUCCUACAAUUCUACACAUUUUGCCAUGACUUAUGCCAUGUUAAUAUGAGUGAGAAUGACUAUCAAAAUCAAUGUGGGUCCCCUGAAUGCCCAGUCGGUAUUCGAUUACUACAAGUUUAGAUAGCUGGCUAGACCAACUACCAAUCUAAGAAUUUGAAAUGGGUAAUUGUCAGCCAAUCAAGUGACUGACAUAAGUUAAAAACUGCUGAUGCAGAAUACCUGGUGUAUUCUACUAUUCUUACUCUCAAAAGUAA